AACUACUGUCAGAACUGUUGUUAGAGAAAAUUAACCACAGAACACCUUCUGACCAAUCAGAGCUGAGAACUCCACAGCGGUAUAAAUACUUUUAAACGAAGUGUAUAAAUAAUCAUUUCAGUCACAGUGGGCUGCUACUGAAGCUAAAUAAUCCGCUGCUACACCUCAUGUAGCCCAGGAUAACCGUGUCCAUGUGAGAGAGGGAAAGCGCGUUUAGUUUCAGUCGUCACCUGAAAACGCAGAUAUUCUCCACUCUGCGCUCGCUUUCCAGACUCACACUGUGUGGGGCCGCGCGGUUUGUUGUUUUCUUGGAAACAAAAGGUAUCCCAGCUUUUAGUGAAAAGGACGAAAGAACAGAAGAGGGCUACAGGAGAGAGAGCGAGCGAGCGAGAGUGUGUGUGUGUGAGAGAGAGAGAGAGAGAGAGAGAGAGAAAGAGUGUUAGUGCAGGUUUUGCGGACUGCAGGCCCGAGUGAACACGGCUGCGAAACCCGGCAAUACAAACACACAGACAUGGCAAACAUCGCCGUGCAGAGAAUCAAACGGGAGUUUAAAGAAGUUCUCAAAAGCGAAGAGACGAGUAAAAAUCAGAUAAAGGUGGACCUGGUGGAUGAGAACUUCACCGAGUUAAAGGGGGAGAUCGCAGGACCUCCGGACACGCCGUACGAAGGUGGCAGGUAUCAGCUAGAAAUCAAGAUCCCAGAGACGUAUCCUUUCAAUCCGCCGAAGGUGCGGUUUAUUACAAAGAUCUGGCAUCCCAAUAUAAGUUCGGUUACUGGGGCAAUAUGUUUGGACAUUCUGAAAGACCAGUGGUUUCCAGUGCCAGAGGAUGCAAAGCAGCCCCAGAGCAUCGCCGAGCCACCACCAUGCUCGACUGUGGACAGAGUGUUCUUUCUUCAUUCUCCUUACUCCAGACAUACCGCUGAUCCAUCGUGCCGAAAAGUUCCAGGUUUGUUUCAUCGCUCCACAGAACAGAAUUCCAAAACUUGUGUGGCUUAUUUAUAUGAUUUUGAGCGACUUCUCUUGUGUGUUUGGGUCAGUAGUGGUGAACAUCUUGGAGUUCUGGCAUGGAAACCCUAACCCUUACUGUGCUCACUGAAACCUCAGUGCCUGUUGCCACCAAGUCUCGCUGCAGGUCUUUUGCAGUCACUCGAGGGUUUUUGACAAUGUGCCUUCUCAGAAAUCUGCUUGCAGCCAUUGAUCGCUUCCUUUUUCUGCCCCGUCCAGGUAUUUCAUGCAUGUUCUGCCCCUAGCCAGCUCAGGUAUUUCAUGUGUUCCAGCUCAAGCACCCCUGGUGCAACUAAUGAAGCCCUUGAAUACUUGUGCUUGAGACAACACCUGUUUUGUGUAUUUUUGCUGUUGUGAGGGAUUCUAUUCAGGGGGGUGAAUAAUUUUGACACUGGAGAAAUCAUAAGUUGAAAACAAACAUGGAUGUUUUUGUUUUUAUUUCUUUGAAAUAUCAGCACGUCAUAAGUCAUAACAAGGAUGAAGUCCCUUUAAAACCCAAUUUUUUUAAAUUUAAUGGGUAUUACAUACUUGGGCAGGUAAAACGUCAUGGCAUCAGAUGUGAUGUCUUCCCAGCUGUUACUGGUUUUCUCAUAAACAAAUGGAUUUGUUUGCUUUAGCGCCGUUUCUGGCUGUGGUGUUAUUAAUGUGUGCUUCCAUUUAAUCGUUCAGGAUCUAAAAAAGGUCCAGCUACACAAUUCAUUGCUUCUGAAGGUCUGGCUAAACGAACAUGGUGACAGCAGCUUUUAAAGCUCAACUAUCAAGAGUUUAUGGCUUGAAGUUUUCCUUUUUGACUAGCGCCACAGACUCUGAACAGAUGAAAUAUUUGUUUUGAAUUUAAAGUGGAGAAUAAAACACCUACUUCUCGGUUCAGUUAUCAUUCGACGUUCUGUUUUCGUCGUACAUAAGCUGCAGUGGUUCGUGUUUAACAUCGCUAAACUACGGGAAAUAUUUCGCUGGGUCCGUAUCCAGGCCGCUGUCUGCAAAUUGACAAGCCCUUAUUUUUGAUUUUGGCCAAAAUAAGCAUCAUACGAGACGCGUUCUUGUGAUACCGCUCCCUUUCUUUCUUUUUCAGGACAUUCCUAAUUGUUGUAUUGGCUAUGCCCAAUGCUUAUGCAAUAGUUCUGAUCGAUUCUCCUUCUUUUCUCCCAUAAACAGCUCUCUGGUCUUCAUGGUGGUUUAACCUUUUUAAAACAGCAAAUGCAGUCUUCACAGGUGAAACCUAGAGCUCAAACCAUGAGUAGACAUUCAGAGCUAUUUAUUAUUUAAACAAUUAAUUUAACAGGGCUCACCUGGACUACAAGAAACACCUGUCAGUCACAUGUUCCAAUGGUUUUCAUUACUUAAAAAUGGGUGGAUUCAAACAAACCGCACCAUGUUCUAAGAUGUAAAUAUGAGGGAAAUGAAAGCUGAAAUUGUGAUCUGCCGUAUUAUUAUUAUAUUCAUUUUUUGAUCUCAAACCCAAAUGUCUUCAGGGGAAAACAAAAGAAAAGAAAGAAUUGGCCAUGCCGUUCCAGUACUUUUGUAGGGGACUGUAACAUGCACAUAACGACUCAGAAGAAACUGAAAUCCUGCGCUGAUGAUUGCUGAGUCAUUUGUUCCUGUUUUUUUGACAGGAAUUUUGUUAAAUUGGUUGACAUUUGUACAUUUAUUUGACUUAAAUCUGUUUGAUUGGUUUAACCACUUGCUUUACCUCAUCAAAAUCAAGCAAAGAUCCAGGUAAACCGCUAAAUAACAAAUAAGAAAGUACCUUUCUCUUGUGCUAGCGAUUUAAGCAUUAUGUUUAAAAAAAAAAAAAGAAAAGAAAAGGGAAACGUGGAAAAACAUGUUUCAAAGUGAAACGCAAAGUGUAUUGAUGUUAUGUAAUUUUUUGCAACACAAUAAGAAUCGUAUAGUAUCCCCCCCUCAGCUUGACUUUAUACAUAAAGAUUAAACCAACUUCAGCAGCUUAUGGUUGUUUCUCCUUGCUUAAAGGAAAGAUCCACCCUGAAUGACCAUCAUAUAAACUGUAUAAAUUAACAUGUGAUCUUCCACAGUGGCCAACAUUUUAUUUUGUACUGAAAUUCUGAGUUUUAUAUAUUAUAUAUAAAAAAAUAUCAAUAAGAACAUCUUUCAACAUGUUCUAUUUUUCACUUUGGUGAACAGUUUCCAACAUUUACAAACACUGUUCCAUUACCUGCUGAUGGUGGCAUCAGUGGGAUUUAUCCAGUGUCUUAUCUCUACCUGAAGAGCGCGAUGCAGCAGCGCUUUAGUACUUCAGUCUGUCCAGCUCUCUUGCGUCCUCACCUGGACCCUCUGCCCAAACAGAUCAUGUUCCAAAGCGCCAACCUGAACGCUAACACCUGUCAACAUCGGUCACCACCAGUGUGCUCACCGUUUCGUGGAUCGCUCACUUAGUCAAGUCCCUGACAUGACAACACAACUGUGUUAUAUACUUGCAGCUACGGCGGAUUCAGCAUUCGAUGUCCGCAGUAAUUCUACGCUUCUAAAUUCACACCAGAAUUGUUAAGCACACCACAGAACUUUUUCCAUACAAUCAUAUUUAGCGUGUGGCGUUUUGCUUUACUUUGAGGGAUUCCUCUGGAAAAUAAUAAUAAUAAUAAUAAUAAUAAAGUGACGAAUUAACAGAUACAUACCUCCUGUC